AUGUGCAUGCGGUGGAGCCUUGUGUGCCGCUCCUGUUUGCUUCUCCCUCCUCCAUCUGUGUGUUGGUGGUGCGGCAGGGCUGUGUGUGCGUGCUGCCGUGGAUUGGAGUGUGUGUCGUGCGUGGUGUGCGGCGUACGGUGCAUGCCUGGCUGCUGCCCUCUCCUCGUGUGGUGUGCCCUCUGUGUGUGUCCGCCGCACCUCUCGUCUCCCCUGUUGCUCUCCAUGCCCCUCACUGUGCAGAUCAGCUCCACACCACUGAACGACCACACUCACGAUGAUGACGACGUGCCGUCUGCUGUGCGCCCUGUUGGUGCUCGUCCUGUGCUGCUGCCCGUCCGUGUGUGUGUGAGAGCGACUGGUGGACUGAAUAAAAAUACGGAUUUGUCGUCCUCUCAGUCACAUGUGCAAGAUCAGUCUGACGAGGAACAGGAUUCAGAGACGGAGACCGUUGCGAACCCGGAAGGUGAAACAAGUGUUGACGAAGGAUCAGGAAGUGAGGACCCUACCCUGCGAAAGACACAAGGGAGCUCUGUUGUGUUAAAGACACCAGAUACGACGACGACUACCACAAAGGCACCAACCACGACAACCACCACCACAACAGUGGCACCAAGCACUACGACUACAGAGGCGCCGGCUGUGUCGACCACCCGCGCACCGUCACGUCUUCGCGAAGUCGACGGCAGCCUCGGCAGCUCUGCGUGGGUGUGUGCCCCGCUGCUGCUCGCCGUAUGCGCGCUGGCGUACACCACUAUGGGCUGA